GCUGUGCCAGAAGAGCUGUCCCAGCCCUUGGAUCAUUUCCAUGGCCUCCUCUUGAACAGGAGGUGGAUGUGAUGUCCCGGGGGGGUCUCACUGGAGCAGAGCAGGGGGGGGAGCAUCCCCUCCUCACCCUGCUGCCCACACUGCCACGGUGCAGCCCGGGAUACACUCUGCUCUCCGGGCUGUGAGCACACAGUGCCGGCUGAUGUCCCAUCUGUCACCCACCAGCAUCCCCCAGCCCUUCUCCCCAGGGCUGCUCCCAGCCCACCCACCCUCUGGCUGCGCCGGGACCGGGGGUGGCCCUGCCAUUAGCAGCGCUGGCUGGAGUCAGAACAGAAGUGUCUUGAGCUGUUUCCACGCUCAGGCAGUGCCAAAUAUUUUAACGCCGGGCACAGACAGAGCUUCCCUUUGUCCCCCGGGGUGGGCGCGCUGCCGCGGGGCACUCGCCGUGCUGCACGGGGAGAGCGUGCCCGGCGGGGCAGCCGUGCGGGGAGAAGGGGGCUGGGGCUGGGCAGAGCCACAGCCCGACGGAUUUGGCACCCCCCGCAGACUGCGACCCCGGGGGAAGACGCAUUGCUGCUCCCAGAUCCCUGUAGCCUGCGUCCCUGUGCCCCUGCCCAGCAGAGGAGGGGUGCUGUGGGGUACGGGACAUCCCAGCCCCGGCGCGGCUGCUGGAGCCCUGGAGAGGCAGCAGAGAGGAGCAGGAGGAAGGGCGCUGUGCCCGCGCAGGGUCACUGCCCGCCCUGCCUGACACCCUGCCCUUUCCCAUGAAGUGAGUCAGCCCAGCGCGGGCACCGGAGCCCUGCUUUGGGGACGAGGCUGAGGAACCACUGGCUUUGGGGGAUGCCCCGGGCUCCAGCUGAGCUGGAAGGCUGGGCUCCCAUAGCGUGGCCCUCGUAGGUUUGCCUACCUGGCCAUCUCCCUCCACUCCAGUCCCUCUGGGGUGCUGAGGAGCUGGUUGAGCUGGAUGAAGAGCAGCGGGCAGGUGACAUCCCCCCCAUCCUGCCGCGGGGCAGCACCAGCUCCUCUGGCUGCUGAGGCCAUCCUGGAGGGGAAGAUGCUGCAGCCCAAAACCUGGGAGGGAGCUCCGAGGUUGCUCCAGUCUGGUCUGGGUUGUGAGCAGGUCCCUGCCUCCUGGAGAGCUGUGCCACCCGCCCCGGGCAUGUGGGCUCGCAUGGCCACUGGCACCGGCAGCCACAGGCCUGGGUUCCCUCUGGCACUCACAGGAUCCCACUCAUCCCACACCUUAUAAAAGCUGUGAACUGGUUUAAACUGGCCACAAACCAAUACACAGGAGCCAAGCCCAAAACAACCAUCUCAAAACAGCAGGGUCAGCCCCACGGGACCCUUUGUGGUUGGGUCCUGCCACAUCCAGCUGCCCACCUGGGCCUGGGACCAGGGGACCCACCUGCCUGCUCCAGGUGACCCACAUGGACAAGGCUGUUCCUGGGGAGUAGCGUGUCCCCAGUCCCACCUGCACCCUGCAAGGCGUUGGUGAGGCGAUGGCAGGGCCAAUCCUGAAGAGCUGGUGGCAGCAUCAGUGACUUUGCCAGGGUGCUGUGCAGCUCUUCCUUAGGAAAGCGGAUGUGGGGACAUGGUUGGGGAAGGAUGUGGCACCGCUGAGCAAAUCCAGAGCAGGGGAGUAAGGGUGUGAUGACAAGGGCCAGGAGGGUGUCAGGGCUGCAGCUUGACAGAGGGCACCUGUGUGGGCUGUGGCGGGGGAGCAGAUGGAUGUGGUCACAGCCACAGCACCCUGCCAGGGAUGGGGAGAUGGCAGGGCCACCAUCACCGUGACAGCCCCCUCAGCCCUCUGCAAACAAACCACGGGGCUGUGUGCAGUGCAAACACAGUGGCAGGACCACAAACAGGACCACAAACACCCGCAGCACGGGUAUGGGCAGGCUGUGCUGGAGCCUGCUGGUGUUGGCAGGAUCUGGCCCAGGAGCAGCUGGAGCAGGGCCAGGAUGUAACACAGCAGUGUUACAAUUUGGGAGAGUGCAGAGGGUGGGCAUGUGAGUCCUUGGGCUCCUGGUACCUGCCUUACAGGAGCUGAGGCCAAGGAUCAGGCCCUGGGUGCCCACCAGGCUGUUUGUUCUGUUAUACCAGUGGGUGCCAUGGUGUGUGGAGUGGUGCCCUUGGCCAGGGUGGGGGACACAGGGAGACCCCUGGCAGCAGGACAUGUGGUUGAGGCACCCAAACCUUCCCAGGUGUUAGCCCCCCACCUCCUGUGGGUGCUGCCCCAGCAUGGCCCCCUGGCAUAAGAUUGGGCAUGACUGGUGGCAGGUGCAGGCAGGGAGGCUGUGAGGGGCUGCAGGAGGUGGGCAGGGGUCAUGGGAGGCUCUGGGAGGCAGAGGCAGGGGGCAGGGAGCAGAGGCAGGCAGCAGAAGGCAGGCAGGAUUGGCAGCCUGCACACACCCCCCACCCUUGCCCGCUGCCAACCCUCUGUGCCAACAGCCUCCCUGGCUGCUGACGUGAGCCGGUGCCUCCCUCUCCGGAGGUGCCAGGUCAGCUGGCAAAUGCUGCUGGCACACGCCACCCGUGCACGCCUGGCCUGGCCCUGGGGAUGUGACAGGGGACUGGCAAGGACAAAAAUCCCAUCUCCAUUCAGGGACCGGGCUCCAGGGUGCAGGGCUGCCCAGGGACACAGCCCCUCACCCAGGCCACCCCCUCGCUCUGCUGCCAGAGGCUUUGGGCUGCUGAUGGCCAGAGGAGGCGGAAGGAAAAACAUCCCGCAAACAAUUGCAAAAGUCAAGUCUGAGCAAGAAGAGGAGGGCGUGAGCGGGGGGGUGCCAGAUCCGGCGGUAUUCCUUGGAGACACCAACAACAAUGGCAGGAAUAUUUUGCUCAUGCCUUGCUGAGCCCAAACCAGCCAUGGGCUGGGGGCUUGGGACCUCGAGGAACCAGCCAGGGGCCAUGGCCGGCCUCAACAGGAGCCAGGGUAGGACCCUGCAUUUGCCCAGCGCUGGUGUCAGUGGUGUUUUUUGGGCUGUCACCUGGGCUGAGGGUUGGGCCAAACACAACACAUGGUUGCAAGCCCAGUGAAGGGGACAGGGAAGUGCUGGCAGUGCCCAUGCACAGAGGGUUGGGAUGAGGAUAAGGACAGUGGCUGGCUGAGGGGGGAUUGUGAGAUGAGGCUGCGAUGCUAUCAGUCAGAGGAGCUCUUUAAGGGCACAAAGGUGGCCUUGGGGACAGAAAGGGUCUCCGCUACCACCUCUGGCUGCCACCACCUCCCAUGUGCAGGAUGGCGCACGGGUGGCAGUCUGUUUCCUAUCGGGGCCAGGAGGAGGUGCAGCCCUGCACCCUGAGGUCCUGCCUCUCACCUGAUGCUCCUCCUGUGAGGUGCACUCGCUCCCCUGGCACCCCCGGCCCACCCCAGGCACCCGUCCCGUCAGCCGGCGCUUGGGACCAGGGGGCGCACCGGGACCCCCCUCCUCUGCCCCUGCCUGAGGCCACGCUUUCCAGUCACAGGAAAAGGCUGGAAAGGCUGUGUCCCUCGGCCAUCGCCUGCCCUCUGCGCCCUGCAGGGACCCUGCGACUCCCAGGCUCCCACCGCCCACCAGCAGCGGGGCGGCGGUGGCUGGUCAGGUCCUGUCCUCUCCGGGAGCGAGAACACCCCACCGAGCCCUGGCCCCGUUCCCGUCCCCGGCCGGCGGAACCCCCCUUGGGGGCGGUGGGGAAGCCCUUCCCGGGGGCGGAGCGGCCGGGCAGCCCCUCCCCGCCCCGCCCCGCCGCCCGCCGCCUUCUACCCGGCGCGGGGCCGCGCUGCUGGAGAGCGGGCACCGGAGCGGGGCCGAGCGGAGCGGGACAGGGGCUGGACGCGUGUGCCCGCGGGUCAUGGACGGGCGGGCGGUGCUGAUCCACGCGCUGCUGGCGGCAGUGUGCUCGGCGGCGGCGGGCGGGCUGCGCCGGGACGAGCUGCACAACGAGGUGCUGCACAAGGGCGGCGGCGGAGGGGGAGCGCCGGUCCCGGCCACGGCCCCGCUGCUCGGCGGCAGCCCGGAGAAGGAGGGCGGCGGAGCGGCCUCGGGGGACGACUUCAGCGAGCUGCCGAGAGUUGCCUUCCUGUCAAAGCCUCAAGGUCUGGUUACUCCCAAGAAGAAAGGGAACGGCAAUAAAAGAAGAAAAGGCAAAGGCCUGGGGAAGAAGAGAGACCCGUGCCUGCGGAAGUACAAGGAUUUCUGUAUUCACGGCGAGUGCAAGUACAUCCGAGAGCUGGGAGCUCCCUCCUGCAUAUGCCAGCCAGGGUAUCACGGAGAGCGCUGCCACGGCCUCUUGCUGCCGGUGGAGCACCCGCCCAGCGCGUACGACCACACCACGGCUCUGGCCGUGGUUGCUGUUGUCCUGUCCUCCCUGUGUCUCGUCAUCAUCGCAGCCCUGCUGAUGCUCAGGUGUCACAAGAGGGGUGGCUACGAUGUAGAAAACGAAGAGAAAAUCAAGCUGGGCAUCACUGUGAAUCACUGAGGAUGCCGGGUGCUGGCGAGGGGUCGGCACUAAUAACGCACUUCUACCUCCUGGAAGAGGCGAGACCAGCGGGGCUGCGGCACGUCGGGGGCUCGCUGGAGCACCAGGACGGCACCCGCGGCGGGGCCGCUCGGGCAGCGGCGGCACUGCAGGAGCUUCGCGGCCACCUCCGGGGACGGGGCGGGCUCGGGGGAGGGAGGGACCGGCUGCCCGGCGGCUCUCCGUCCACUGCAGUGCCGAGGAACAAACUGUGAAAGGGAGGAGACACCGGGCUCGGGGCUUCCUUCGCCGCAGGAGGGAGGGAGGGGGGGGGGAGGGUAACAGCUAUUUAACAAGAUAUUUUUCAUUUUAAAUUAUAUAUUUAUUUUAGAUAAACUGUACAUAGUAUUUAUAUUUAUUGUAGGUCUGGCCCUGCGUCCUUCGUGUAGGUUCAAGAUGACAGGGGUCAGACCUCCCUUAUUUUUUAAGUGCAAUGUAAUAUUCUAAUAAAUAACACUUUGUAACAAA